AUGGGUUGGUAUUUGGGGUUGUAUGGGGGUGGGUUGGGGGUUGGGUGUAGUUUGUUGAGUAAGGGGGUGGGUAGUGGGUUUUUUGGGUUUGUGUGGUUGUUUUGUGUUUUAUUGUUGGGUAGGGGUGGGGUGUGGUGGUUGUGUGGGUGUGUUUGGUAUGUUUUGGUGGGUUUUUGUGGGGGUGUUUUUUUGUGUUGUGUGUUGGUUUGUUGUUGGGGUGGGUUUAUGUGGGUUGGUGUUUUUGGGGGGGGUUGGGGUUGGGUUGUGGGGGGGGGGGGGGGGGGUGUGUUGAGUUGUUAUUGGUAUUUGGUGUGGUUUUGGGGUGGGUUGAUGUUGGUGGGGGUUUGGGGGUGGUGGGGGGGUUGUUGGUUGUUGGUGGGGGUUUUGGGGUUUUUUGUGUGGUUUGUUUUGGGUGGAUUAGGUGGUUUGGUUUGGGGGUGGUUGUGUGUUGUGUGGGGUUUGGGUUUUGUUGGAGUUGUUGUUUGUUUGGUUUUGGGGUUUUUUAUGGGUUGGUGGUUUGUGGUGGUGUUUUGGGUGUGUUUUGUUGGUGUGUGGUGUUGUUUUGUGUGA